AUGAGCAGCUCCAGUGACAUCGCGGUGCCUGGCCAACACCUGGCCGCAGUGGACAGCAAGCUCAAGGCUGGUACCGGAACCUACGUACGCGAUAAUGUCAUCUUCGCAUCUAUCUAUGGCAAGUGGCGCGUCUCGCAGGACGUCGUAGAGGUGACGCGGGCCAAUAAGACAGUGGCGUCGGCGCAAGUGCUGCGUCUUGGCGACAUUGUCAUCUGCCGCGUGGUAAAGAUCACGUCUCGACAAGUGAUGGUUGACAUUCUGUGCGUGGGUGAAACUGUGCUAAAGGAGGUCUUCCCGGGAACUAUCAGGUUGGAGGACGUGCGGAACCACGACAUCGACAAGCUUGUGAUGGACGAGGUCUUCUCCCCUGGAAUGCUCGUGAAAGCGACCGUGCUUUCAUUCGGUGACACUCGCUCCUACUACCUCUCUACAGCAAAGCCAGGACUCGGUGUCGUACGUCAGCCUACAAAGCAAGAUAGCCAGGCGACCGACAUGGAAACAGAUUAG